AUGUCUCAUAACCAACUUAUUGUUCCAUUGAAACCCGGCGAUACAAAAAUAAUUUACUUCGUAAAAAAUGAAGAUUUAUUCGAUAUUAUCCAUGAUGCCCAUAUCAAAACAGGCCACGGAAGACGAACCCGUGUAAUUAGUGAAUUACAAACAAAGUAUAAAAAUAUAACUUAUGAAUCAGUUACAUUAUUUUUGAGCUUGUGUGUUCAAUGUCAAAGGAAACAAAAAGUCCCAAAGAAAGGGAUCGUGGUAAAGCCAAUUAUAAGUCGUGAACUCAACUCUCGAUGUCAAGUUGAUUUGGUCGAUAUGCAAACGUGUAAAGAUGGUGAGUACAAAUUUAUUCUGAAUUAUCAAGACCAUCUCACUAAAUUUAUACAGCUUAGACCAUUGAAGAGCAAAACAGCAGAGGAAGUAGCCCUCACGUUGCUGCCAAUUUUCCUCACUUUCGGUGCACCAAAUAUUCUACAUUCCGAUAAUGGGAGAGAGUUUUCUAAUAAAAUUAUAAUAGAUUUGUGCUCGAGGUGGGAGGGUGUAAAAAUUGUUCACGGUAAACCUCGUCAUAGUCAAUGUCAAGGUUCCAUCGAAAGAGCCAAUCAAGAUUUUCAAAAUAUACUCAGAGCCAUGAUGCACGAUAAGAAAACAACAAAAUGGUCAGAAGCUUUACCAUUUGUUCAAUUCGCAAAAAACACUGCUUAUCAUCAAGGAAUAAAACAAACACCGUAUGAGGCAAUGUUUGGUAGCGUUGCUAAAAGGGGCCUAGCAACAAGUUCAUUGCCACGAGAACAAAUAAAAUACAUUGAGACCGAAGAGCAGCUUGAACAAAUUAUUCAGUCAAUAGAUGAUGAUAACACUGAGCAAGUGGAACAAAAUGACAAUGAUCUACAACAGCUUGAAACAAUUUUACAGUCAAUUGAUGAUGAUAACACUGAGCAAGUGGAACAAAAUGGCAAUGAUAUACAUUCUGCAGAGAGAGUGUUAGUUAAUGAGAUCCAAUAUAAUAACACUGAGCAGGUGGAAGAUAAUGCUGAGCAAAGUAAACUAGAUCAUGAAUUAAAAAAAAAAAAAAAAACAUGA